CUAAUGCAAUGCUCACAAUGGUCCCUUCUGGCCUUGGAAUCUCUGAACCUAUGAAAGCCAUUUAGAGAACUGAUAAUGGUGCUGAGACAAAAGGAGGCUGGGGGCUGGCUGCCUGCAGUCGCUUUCCUGCUAAUUAGCCCCCAUUUUAAAAAAAAAGCCAGAAAACAAAACUACCAUGUCUGGUUCUUUCAGCUUCAUGGACAAAUACUAAUCCCAGACAAAAGCUUAUAGGGACAGCACUCACCAAUUCAUUGAAAGAUGCUUGACUACAGUUUCCUAUUGGUUGCUAUGGCGAGUGAUGAUGCAAUCAAAGAAGGGUAUAAUACGAGACUAUGGAGAGGUGAUGGAUUUAAUCAGCCCACAACCAAGGGAGUUAUCCAGGGAUUCUGGCUGUGUAGAGGAAGGCAAGGCACCGCAAGCUCAGAUUCAUGCCUCAUGAUUGAACAUUUAUUGGCCACUGCUUAAGAUAAAUGCCGAGAAAGUAGCAAGCAAGCUCCCCAAUCAGGAUCCCUGACUGGCACAACACAUGGCAUAUCGGCAGAUCUGGUGCUUUCUAAAGCAACAAGUUAGCGACUGAAAAUGCCAUGAGUGCUUAGGCAAAUACGACAGUUACCGGGCACUUUUCCAAGCCGCUAUGAACAUUGAAGUUCGCAACAUCUCGGACACAAGAGCCACCAUCUCCUGGUCCACAAACAACCCCUGCCCGGAGAACUAUUACCACGUCAUGUACCGUCCCAACUGGAACAGCGUCUUUGCGGGCUACUUGCGCCAGAACUUCCAUCGCGAGGAGAGGGUCCCCCACUCCCUUAGCUCCCUGGUCCUCCACAGACUUACUCCCUCAACCAUCUACAUUCUGUGCAUCACGUGUAAAAACUCGUACCCCUCCAGCAACCAUUGUACAAUGUUUCACACUCUCGACCAGCACCCGCUGGCCUUGCGCAGCUUGAAGCAGGAAUCUGCCACCUCCAUGUGGAUGGUGAGCAGCCUAUUGAUCCUCUGCUUUACAGCCUUCUUGGUCUAUGGCUGUUUGCAGUUCUGGUCCUCAAGGUGCCACAAAGGGUCAAGGCUGGGGCAGUAUAGUGCCAACCCAGAGAGGGAAGCGGAUGAACAGACAAGCUCACCUGAGGGGACUCUGAGCACCGGACUGAAGGAGGAGCUGCUGGAAGUCCCCAUGACGGCUGUCCUAAUGAGGAGUACCAGUAUCAUGACAGAGAGCCCAUACAGGUCCCCCCACUGCUUCUUUCCAAUCCAAAGCAGUGAUGACAAGAGGGCCAUCUUACCUGAGCACGGGUUCAAAUGAAAGGGAAAUAAAAGGAGCUCCCAGCAUGGGGAACGCCUGGCAAUUUGUUUUUCAUUUCAGUGGGGCUGCUUUCAUGCUACAAAUGUUGACCUGACAUGUAUUGGUGUUCUUACUACAUUGCUCUGGGAUGGAACUUGGGGUGGAAAAUGGCAGCCACAGGUAAAGAUUUUGCCAAAUUAGAGAAAAAAAAUCAGUUCCCUUUUAUACUUGAGGGGAAAUUUAAGAAACCAGUAAAAAACAAGCCCCUAAGAAAUUAAGGCCAAAUUCAACUCUCAGUAAACUUCACUUCAGUGGAGUGACUCUAAAUUUGCACCAGCGCAGCAGACAUAUGUAUUUGGAGAGGCACAGGGUGGAAUAAAGACACUGGAGUUAAUUUGUUUAGAAACAGCCCUUUCUGCCUAGCUGAAGAGCACUGACAUUUGAGCAGACUGGCUGCACAAUAGGACAGUCAGUGAUCUGCACACUGAGACCAAGUCACACAAUGGGCUCUCGGGGCUCCAUCACAUUGAAAACACACCAUUCCGACACGGGUAGGUGGCUCACAGGCCACUUCCAGCUGGGCAGCUGUCCACAUCCCCAAAUCACCUCACAAUUGCCACCCCUCGACAGCAGGCACUCCCUGCAGAAAGGGCCAGGUUUACAUGGACUCAGAGGUGGAACUAAACUGUAGGCCUGAUCCUGCUUGCUUUGAGGUCAAAGGCAAAACUUCCCUAGACUUUAGUGGGAGACAGCACAAGUCCUGGGACUGUUACAGUUACACCCUGCAGUGCAGCUGCCUGCACUGUACUUAGUCACUGGGGACCAAAUCCUGAGAGGGUCUGAAUACCUGCAACUCUCAUGAACUUCACUGACUCUGCAGUCACCUCACAGGGUUUGGCCCUGCUUAGGGGACUUCAGUCUUCAGGGCACCUUUCACCUACCGAAUUGCUUCAGGGGAAAAACAAUCCGCCAUUUUGGGUAGGGUUAUGGGUAGCUCGGGGCUCUAGGAAUGGAAUAUUGAGUCAUCUACUUCUAGGUCACUAGAUAAGCCUGCAGUGCCCCUGCACGUGCUGUAUCUGUGCUGUGCAGUCAUCUCAUAGGGCUUCAGUCACCUUUCCCUGGUAAUAAAACUCACUCUUAAAGCCACUACUAUUACCUCCCAGGCCUCCCCAGUUCUGUGUAAACAAGUCUGCCAUAUACAUCUGAUUGAUAGAUUGCCUGACACUGACGACAAGCAAUAUAUAUACACACACCAUCAUUCCAAUAAUUCACCUUUCAGAUUACAGGGAUCCCAGUGCUCCUGUGGUACCGAUAACUGGGCGGGAGGGGAGCCUCUCGCUGAGUCUCACCAAUCUAAUCUCUGCAUCUCUAGACAGGGGCUGUUCGGUGGCUCUGUCCCAGUGUUGGUCAUCAGCACAGAGCUGUGGCCUUUCGGCUCACUCUGACACCGGUGCUUUAAGAAGGAAAGAACUGACAAAGCGGCAACACACUGGUUGCCUUGCCCAGCUUUUCGGUCUCAGCAAAGCCAAGCAGACUUGUGUGUUUCUGCCAUUCUGCUAAUGAACCUUUCCUGGCAUUUCCCACCUGGUGACUGAUUUCUGCGUACAAUCUGCUUUCCUCAUUGUUCAGCCUCCCUAAAUAAAGUCCUUCUUCCUG